AUGCCAUACAUUCUGGUACGUGGUAAUCUUGCGUCCUACAGCCACAAAUAUCCUUGGAGAGUGCUCGUUUCUGGUUUGAAAGCUUCAGAUAUUGAACAAUUAAGUCGUUUUGCUUCUGGAGGAUAUUGUGAUCAAGCGACAAUCGUUUACUUACAACAUCCUUGUGUAAUAUUAUCCGCCCUAGAAGUCCUAGGAUACAAAGUUGUCGCAUCUUCUAGUACGAGUGUAAAACAAGAUUACAAUGAGUAUAUGUGGACAAUGAGAAAAGAUUUUUCUGAACCUGAACCAGAACCGAUUGUUAAAACAGGUAUGUCCAGUAAUGCUACCUCAUAA